UCUGAAGCAGAACAACUUCCUGGACUUUAUUCCAGCUGCAGCUACACUGUGAGAAAAGUUAAGUGUCAGUUACCAUGACUGGGUGACUUUGCUUUUGUUACUUUUUUGUAUGCCGGGUGAACUGAGGCGCCUCUCUGGGCAGCACUCGAGGAAGUGUAAUGGUGUUACACUGAGUGUACAAGGUGGGAAACCUUGAAUAAUGUGGGAUGAGAGCGAGCCAGAGAGGCGAAUCCGAGUCAGCCAGUGGGUCACCAGGAGGUGAGGCUGCCUACUUCCCUGGGUUCAGGAAAAGUUCAGCCGCAUAGCAUUAGGCAAAUUAGGGAGACAGAGGCUGGGGGAGAAAAAAUCGAGGGGUAGGGACUGAUGAGAGCAUGGGGGAGAGGGUCAAAUUAGUUGGAAGGAGGAGCCCAAAUAAAGAGUGAGAACAUAGACGGGAACUUCCAGGAAAAAGAGUGAGAGAUAGAGUCUGGCGCAGCACUCAUUAUGUCCAUGAACUCCAUGUAAAGAUAUGAAAGACUCAUUACUGAGCUUAUAUAACUUAAUCGUGUCCUCUAAUUCGUUUCUAUUUAAAGCCCCCGCACCUAAAUUUGAGGGAGGGCGGUGGGCUCCCCCCUCCACAGUCCCAUGCACGGCCCGUGUUUCGAGAGAGGGAGAUCCAUAGUGACGUCCCUGAAGGGGUUAAACGUAGGAGGAGCAACGCAUGAAAGGAGAUCGAGGGAAGGCAGAAAGGAAAAAAAAAAAGAAAAAAGAGCCUAGUGGAGGUGGAGCCAAAGUCCUCAGCUGCUGUGCCUUGUCACAUUUCUGCAGAACAUGAUAGCCGCACGGUUUGGUGUGGGAAUGAUUUAGCCUUCUCUCUCUCCAAAUACAAACAAGGCGGUGCUGCAUGUUUCGUGCGAACCUGGAUGUUAGAGAGCGGGCUCCGACCGAGGGAAGCCGCCGGUUGUUGUAGCAGCGCACGGAGGGAGACCGGUUCAUUUACGGUGCUGACAGGAGUCCACCCACGGCGGGCACAAACAGGACAACCGACCGUAACCCGAAGGACGAACUGCAACUAGACGGGAUUUCCUCUCUGAUAUUUGCACCUUCUGCCCAUCGAUAAUUUUUUUCCCCCCCUGUGUUGUCGACACGGACUUUGGAGAUUAGUGUUCUCUUUUCUGGGAUUUUAUCCGGCUUGUGUUCUCUUUGUGCCGUGGAUACAGCCUCAAAUGUUGCUCUCUGUUUGAGCAAGGCCGACAGGACCGAUAUAUUCUGCUGAAGUUAUCCGGGUCGUUUUCGAUUUAUUUUUUUGUGUGCCGUGUUCCUGCGUUGGACACCAUGCAGACUGCUCUCUUGAAUUAUGUUUUCAAAUUGAGCGCAGCCGAUUAGGCUCCUUCACACACUGACUGACUCCUCGAUUUGGUCUACGAUCCAUACAGCGCUAUCAGAAGAUGCCAAACGUUCAAAUGUCCCCGCUGUGUUUGGAUUUAUCACUUUCCCCUCGAUUUUAAUGCAGUUUCCCCCCGUUUGGCCCCCUCAGUUUCUACCUCUGCUGGUGGCGAGCUGAAAACCACAAGGCUCGUGUGUUCCUGCGUUCACGACAAGUAGUUCGUUUUUUUGACAAUAAUCCCCUGCUAUCGUCCUGCUUCGUAUGAUGUAUGAGAGUGUGGACGUUGUGGGACUGAAUCCCAGCCCGAACCCGUUUUUAAUGAUGGAUUACUACAACCAGAGCAGAGGAUGCUUGAUCCCGGAGAAAGGACUGGUGCCCGGAGCGCCCCAUCCCUACAGCACGUCCAUCAGGAACCAGCACUGGAACGGCUCCAAUCACUCGAUAGAGACCCAGAGUACCAGCUCAGAGGAGAUAGUGCCAAGCCCGCCCUCACCUCCCCCACCGCCCCGCGUCUACAAACCCUGCUUUGUGUGCCAGGACAAGUCCUCAGGGUACCACUAUGGUGUCAGCGCCUGCGAGGGCUGCAAGGGCUUCUUUCGGAGAAGCAUCCAGAAGAACAUGGUGUACACUUGUCACCGGGAGAAGAACUGUAUCAUCAACAAAGUCACCCGCAACCGCUGCCAGUACUGUCGGCUGCAGAAGUGCCUGGAAGUGGGGAUGUCCAAGGAGUCGGUGAGGAACGACCGGAACAAGAAGAAAAAGGAUGAGAAGAAACAGGAGUGCACGGAGAGCUAUGUGCUGAGCCCCGACACAGAGCAGAUGAUCGACAGGGUUCGCAAGGCUCACCAGGAUACUUUCCCCUCUCUCUGCCAGCUGGGCAAAUACACUACGACUAACAGCUCAGAACGACGCGUGUCCUUGGACGUAGACCUGUGGGACAAGUUUAGUGAACUCUCCACCAAGUGUAUCAUAAAGACGGUGGAGUUUGCUAAGCAGCUGCCCGGCUUCACAACGCUCACUAUUGCCGACCAGAUCACUCUGCUCAAAGCCGCCUGUCUGGACAUCCUGAUACUGCGGAUCUGUACACGCUACACACCAGAGCAAGACACCAUGACUUUCUCAGAUGGACUCACGCUAAACCGAACCCAGAUGCACAACGCAGGCUUUGGUCCCCUCACCGACCUGGUUUUUGCCUUCGCCAACCAGCUCCUUCCUCUGGAGAUGGACGAUGCAGAGACAGGGCUGCUCAGUGCCAUCUGUUUGCUGUGUGGAGAUCGUCAGGACUUGGAGGAGGCAGAGAAGGUGGAUGUCCUGCAGGAGCCCCUUCUGGAGGCGCUGAAGAUUUACGUGAGGAAGAGGAGGCCCCACAAACCGCACAUGUUCCCCAAGAUGCUGAUGAAGAUCACUGAUCUGAGAAGCAUCAGUGCUAAAGGAGCUGAGCGUGUCAUCACCCUGAAGAUGGAGAUCCCCGGCUCCAUGCCCCCUCUCAUCCAGGAGAUGCUGGAGAACUCAGAAGGUCUGGAAAGUGGUGCUGCAGGCGGCCGGCCAAGUGGCGCCCCCCCAGGCAGCUGCAGCCCCAGUCUGUCCCCCAGCUCUGCCCAAAGCAGUCCAGCCACACAAUCGCCGUAGUAGCGGCCCACUUUUUAUUUUUCCUCACAACGCUCUCAGUCUCCUCGCUCGAUGUUCUGAAGGGGAGGGGUGGAGGAGGAGGGACCUAGACUCUGACUGCUGAACACUGGAGACUGGCAGAGCCAACCUCCUCCUCUCCUAUGACACAAAUCCCCACCUCCUGAUCUGCUUUCCCUCACUCUGAAGCACUGUCCUGACGUGAGGGGAGGUAAGGCCGGGGCAGGCCGGGACAACAGGAUGCCUCCGAGAGACCACACCGUAAACACUGCUGAUGACUCCUCCUCCUUCUCCCUCCACUCCCUUCUCCACUGCUGCUCCUCCCCUCUCCACCUUUCUCCAAAAGACUGAUGGAAACAAAUCUGGAUGCAGUGGAGACCAGUUUUGAAUGGAACUGAGAUUGGGUGGAGCAUCGUGGGACAAAUAUAUGGACAAGGACAAUGCAUACAGACUGACUUGACAAACACCAGACACUUUUUUUGUUGUACUCUGAGGCAGACUGCAAGCUUUGGACCCCCCCUCCUCAUAGACUUUGGGUCUUUUCUCUUUUUCCAACUUCAAAAAACAGGAUUUCGUACAAAAAGAUAUAUAAAUAUAUAUAGAAAAGUUAAGGAACUAUUGUGAUUGACAUGUCCAGAACAGAAUGGCAGGUUGAAAUGAGGACAUGUUUUCUGAGAUUAGAAAUUGUUGUACUGCUUCACUGUUUGAAUCUUUUCAUACCCAUCAAGAGUAUUGAGAGAGAUUGUUUCAGUUUUAUCACAUUUGUACAUCCUUCUAGUUAACAAAAAGCAAAAGAUAUUGAAAUUUCUCUCCAGUCCACACAUACAAACAAAUGUGCACAGAAAACAAGUCGCAAUGAAUAUCACCUACUAUUCCAGGUUGGAUUUGUUUUCCUUUUUUUUUUUUCUUUUCUUUUCUUUUUUUGCUUCCAAGAAAAUGGAAAAAAUGAUUGUAUGAACUCGGUUGUAUGAUAUGGUCACAGGUCCUUUCAAGAAAUCAAAUUAAUGAAGAUUCAUUAUUAAGGUGUAUUUUAAGUAGCCUUUGAGUUUGUGUAUAUAAGCUGUAUUCAUUUCUUUAAAACUAUGAAGAGUUUUAGGCUUCACCUGAUUUUUUUUUUUUUUUUUUUUUUUAAGAAUACCUUUUAUGUGUUUUGUUCAUAGGUUUGUGAUUCAAGAAAAAACAUUUUGAGCACAUUUUACUGAAGGAAGUUCUUUCAUGUUUUGUGUCUUACUAAAUACUGGACAGACCCUUAACCAAUCACUGGCUGUUCAGGAUGUGGCUUUCACAACCAAUUUCAACCGUUGCCCCCUUCACUUUUAAAACAUGUUUUUACCUUCAGUAGAUAACAAAGUAGCACUCCAGUCGGGGCAUAGCUUUUUGGCCAUGUAGCAGAAAGAGAUGGUGUUUCUGAAAAUGGUGAGCUAGACGCCACCUGUAGCCUGCCAGAUUCAAGUGAGCUACAGCAGCCCAGCUUCAAAGAGAGUUAAAAUGUGAAGAAUGGUGUACAUACACACUGUAUUAAACACAAGUGAUUCUCAGUAGUCUCUGAAUGGAUCAAUAAUCUGUAGUGGAUGGGAAAAGACUAGAUUGUCCCUCUACUCUUUCAGUGGUCAGGCAAGUGAAGGUCCCAAAUGUGAUGUUUGUCAACUAAGUCCUCACAAAUCUCCCUGUGGUAGAAACCGAUAUGUGACUUUUUGCCGGAUCCAGAGAAACCUCGCACCCUGUGACUCACUUUACGCCAAAACGCCUUCACCGUUAGCACACGUCAUCUUAGACCAUCUUUACUGUACACACGCCAAUGUCUCAGGAAGGAAUCAUUUUUUGUGCUUGGCCUGUUCUUUGUAUAUGUUCUGUGCUGCACCCCUUAACCCUUCAAUCACAGAUGCACACACACACUUCUGCUACUGAGCCCCUGAAUUUUUCUUCAAUCACUCACUUUUGUUCAGCCUGGCAGACCAGGACUUGUGCAGAGACACUGAUCCCGCAACUUUACGACAUAGGAUGCCAGUGUGGAGUCUCUCUGAGUCGUUCAUGUGUUCUUUUUAUUUGUACGGUCAAAGCUGCUUUCAUCAUUUAGGACUUAACCUGUCCAGAACGGCGCACAACUUUUCCCUCCACAGCUAAUCUGGAAUAGCAACAGACACACCGUCAGUUUGAGAAGUAUGGAAUAUGUUGCAAUUUGUCAAGAUUAUCAAGCGACUUUGAAAAAAAAACAAAACAAAAAAACAACAAAAAAAGAUAAAAAAUAAAACCAACAUUUAAUAAUUAUUAAAUGUGUUUGUGUUGUUCA